CGGGGCCUGAGGCUCUAGUACCUGAACUCCUUCUACGGACGGGAAGUCGCGACCAGAGCCAGUGGAGGGCGCGGGGACUGCAACCCUAAUCAGAGCCCAAAUGGCACAGUGGGAAAUGCUGCAGAAUCUUGACAGCCCCUUUCAGGACCAGCUGCACCAGCUUUACUCAUGCAGUCUCCUGCCUGUGGACAUUCGACAGUACUUGGCUGUCUGGAUUGAAGACCAGAACUGGCAGGAAGCUGUACUCGGGAAUGAUGAUUCCAAGGCUACCAUGCUAUUCUUCCACUUCUUGCAUCAGCUGAACUAUGAGUGUGGCCGUUGCAGCCAGGACCCAGACUCCUUGUUGCUGAAGCACAAUUUGCGGAAAUUCUGCCGGGACAUUCAGGCCUUUUCCCAGGGCCCUACCCAAUUGGCUGAGAUGAUCUUUAACCUCCUUCUGGAAGAAAAAAGAAUUUUGAUCCAGGCUCAGAGGGCUCAACCGGAGCAAGGAGAGCCAGCUCUUGUAACACCUGUGGAGAGCCAGCAACAUGAGAUCGAAUCCCGAAUCCUGGAUUUAAGGGCUAUGAUGGAGAAGCUGGUAAAAUCCAUCAGCCAACUGAAAGACCAGCAGGAUGUCUUCUCCUUCCGAUACAAGAUCCAGGCCAAAGGGAAGACACCUUCUCUGGACUCCCAUCAGGCCAAAGAGCAGCAGAUUCUGCAGGAAACUCUCAAUGAACUGGACAAAAGGAGAAAGGAGGUGCUGGAUGCCUCCAAAGCACUGCUAGGCCGAUUAACUACCCUAAUCGAGCUACUACUGCCAAAGUUGGAAGAGUGGAAAGCCCAGCAGCAAAAAGCCUGCAUUAGAGCUCCCAUUGACCACGGGUUGGAACAGCUGGAGAAAUGGUUCACAGCUGGAGCAAAGCUGUUGUUUCACCUGAGGCAGCUGCUGAAGGAGCUGAAGGGACUGAGUUGCCUGGUUAGCUAUCAGGAUGACCCUCUGAUCAAAGGGGUGGACCUACGCAACGCCCAGGUCACAGAGUUGCUACAGCGUCUGCUCGACAGAGCUUUUGUGGUAGAAACCCAGCCCUGCAUGCCCCAAACUCCCCAUCGACCCCUCAUCCUCAAGACUGGGAGCAAGUUCACCGUCCGAACAAGGCUGCUGGUGAGACUCCAGGAAGGCAAUGAGUCACUGACUGUGGAAGUCUCCAUUGACAGGAAUCCUCCUCAAUUACAAGGCUUCCGGAAGUUCAACAUUCUGACUUCAAACCAGAAAACUUUGACCCCCGAGAAGGGGCAGAGUCAGGGUUUGAUUUGGGACUUUGGUUACCUGACUCUGGUGGAACAACGUUCAGGUGGUUCAGGAAAGGGCAGCAAUAAGGGGCCACUAGGUGUGACAGAGGAACUGCACAUCAUCAGCUUCACGGUCAAAUAUACCUACCAGGGUCUGAAGCAGGAGCUGAAAACGGACACCCUCCCUGUGGUGAUUAUUUCCAAUAUGAACCAGCUCUCAAUUGCCUGGGCUUCAGUUCUCUGGUUCAAUUUGCUCAGCCCAAACCUUCAGAACCAGCAGUUCUUCUCCAACCCCCUCAAAGCCCCCUGGAGCUUGCUGGGCCCGGCUCUCAGUUGGCAGUUCUCCUCCUAUGUUGGCCGAGGCCUCAACUCAGACCAGCUGAGCAUGCUGAGAAACAAGCUGUUCGGGCAAAACUGUAGAACUGAGGAUCCAUUAUUGUCCUGGGCUGACUUCACUAAGCGAGAGAGCCCUCCUGGCAAGCUACCAUUCUGGACAUGGCUGGACAAAAUUCUGGAGUUGGUACAUGACCACCUGAAGGAUCUCUGGAAUGAUGGACGCAUCAUGGGCUUUGUGAGUCGGAGCCAGGAGCGCCGGCUGCUGAAGAAAACCAUCUCUGGCACCUUUCUACUGCGCUUCAGUGAAUCGUCAGAAGGGGGCAUUACCUGCUCCUGGGUGGAGCACCAGGAUGAUGACAAGGUGCUCAUCUACUCUGUGCAACCGUACACCAAGGAGGUGCUGCAGUCACUCCCGCUGACUGAAAUCAUCCGCCAUUACCAGUUGCUCACUGAGGAGAAUAUACCUGAGAACCCACUGCGCUUCCUCUAUCCCCGAAUCCCCCGGGAUGAAGCUUUUGGGUGCUACUACCAGGAGAAAGUUAAUCUCCAGGAACGGAGGAAAUACCUGAAACACAGGCUCAUUGUGGUCUCUAAUAGACAGGUGGAUGAACUACAACAACCGCUGGAGCUUAAGCUAGAGCCAGAGCUGGAGUCGUUAGAGCUGGAACUAGGGCUGGCGCCAGAGCCAGAGCUCAGCCUCGACUUAGAGCCACUGCUGAAGGCAGGGCUGGAUCUGGGGCCAGAGCUAGAGUCUGUGCUGGAGUCCACUCUGGAGCCUGUAAUGGAGCCCACACUAUGCAUGGUAUCACAAACAGUGCCAGAGCCAGACCGAGGACCUGUGUCACAGCCAGUGCCAGAGCCAGAUUUGCCCUGUGAUCUGAGACAUUUGAACACUGAGCCAAUGGAAAUCUUCAGAAACUGUGUAAAGAUUGAAGAAAUCAUGCCGAAUGGUGACCCACUGUUGGCUGGCCAGAACACCGUGGAUGAGGCUUACGUCUCCCGCCCCAGCCACUUCUACACUGAUGGACCUUUGAUGCCUUCUGACUUCUAGGAACCACAUUUCCUUUGUUCUUUUCAUAUCUCUUGCCCUUCCUACUCCUCAUAGCAUGAUGUUGUUCUCCAAGGAUGGGAAUCAGGCGUGUGUCCCUUCCAAGCUAUGUUAACUGUUCAAACUCAGGCCUGUGUGACUCCAUUGGAGUGAGAGGUGAAAGCAUAACAUGGGCACAGAAGGGACAACAAUGAAUCAGAACAGAUGCUAAGCCAUAGGUCGAAAUAGGCUCCUGAAGGCUGCCUGCUGUGCUGGGAGGUAUAGGGGUCCUGGAGGCAGGCCAGGGCAGUUGACAGGUACUUGGAGGGCUCAGGGCAGUGGCUUCUUUUCAGUAUGGAAGGAUUUCAACAUUUUAAUAGCUGGUUAGGCUAAACUGGUACACACUGGCAUUGGCCCUUGGUGGGGAGCACAGACAGGCUAGGACUCCAUUUCUUUCUUCCAUUCCUUCAUGUCUAGGAUAACUUCCUUCCUUCUUUCCUUCACUCCUGACUCAAUCCCUGAAUUUCUUCUUUUCCUGCAGGGGUUGAGAGCUUUCUGCCUUAGCCUACCAUGUGAAACUCCACCCUGAAGAAGGGGAUGGAUAGAAGUAGACCUUUUUUUCUUACCAGUCUCCUCCCCUACUCUGCCCCUAAGCUGGCUGCACCCAUUCCUCUCCCAUAAAAUGAUCCUGCCAAUCUAAUGUGCCUGUGAAGCUUUGCACACUAGCUUAUGCCACCUAGUCUCUACUUUCUCAAUGCUUAGCAGACAGAUCACUCCUGGAGGCUAGGGAUAGUAGGAUUGCUGGG